ACUCGUUUCUUCCGGUGCCAUUUUCCGUGAGCACAGCAACCCGGAAGCGACGCAUUUUCAGCGUGUGUGUGUGUUUGUGUGUUUUCUCGUCUUUUCUCGAAGCGUGAAGAAGGUGAAGAAAGGUUUUUUGAAAGAUUUUUGCUCAUAUAGUCGGACUUGCAGAACUUCACUAUGAUCAUCCCCAUCCGCUGCUUCACCUGUGGGAAGAUUGUAGGGAACAAGUGGGAGGCUUACCUGGGUCUCCUACAGGCAGAAUACACAGAAGGAGACGCUCUGGACGCCCUGGGCUUGAAGAGGUACUGCUGUCGCAGGAUGCUGCUCUCUCACGUCGAUCUGAUCGAGAAACUGCUGAACUACGCGCCGCUGGAGAAAUAAGACUUAAAUGGCUUCAUCUCUCUCUCUCUCUCUGUGUGUGUCUCUGUCUCUAAACCGUUCUGAUUGUGUUCACUGCACUGCCUCCUGUGGCUUCCUUACUCUACUGAACACAUCCAUUCGUUACACGCACAGGACGCAGUGCAGUGCUCGUAUUUCCUCUUCUGAUGUUUUAUAAAUAAAGUAGUAAAGACGA